AUGACAGAAUCAAUUUAUUCAAACUAUCCCCCAGAUCUGUCCCCAGCUCAGCAAAAAUUUCUGGUCACAUAUGUGAAAGACUGGGCCAUUCAAAAUGGACUUGCUGUCCGACCCUCUCCGGCAAUCAUUCCUGCAGGGACAGAUUCAAAUGGAGUAUUGGCUACCAAUGCGCCAGUGACCUUGUUCCCAAGUCCAUUUCCUAGAACGUGUUUCCAGGAAGCAAUUGCUCUGCAGAAGGUCUACAACGAACUCUAUGCCAAUAUUACAUGCAAUGAAGAAUGGCUAGGGAAGAUCGUGGAAGGUCUCAUUGAAGUUGAUGACUUUGUCGCAAAUCUGUGGAAAGUUCAUCUGGACGUUCAAAAGGAGGGAUAUGUCCAGAACCUGUCUUUAGGCCUCUUCCGGUCCGAUUAUAUGGCCCACGUCCAGUCGACAGGUGCCCCAUCUCUAAAGCAAGUUGAGUUCAAUACGAUCUCGUCAUCAUUUGGAGGUCUUUCAGCUCUUGUACGAAAGAUGCACACCGAGCUUCUUUCCUCGCCAGGCUCACCAAUCAACUAUCCGCCCCAUCCUCUACUGCAAUCUGAGACUCCACCAGAGAAUCCUGCAGUCGAGACCCUCUCCGCUGGUCUAGCAGCAGCUCACAAGGCUUAUGGAGUGUCCAAGUCCACCCCGGCUCUCCCUCUUUGUGUUCUAUUUGUAGUCCAGGAGACAGAACGAAACGUCUUCGAUCAACAUGCGCUCUCGACGCAGCUCAAGACAGUCCACAACAUUCCAGUCUUCCGCGUAGCCAGCGUGGAUAUCUUGGAUCAAACAUCUAUUCCCAGCUCAAACCCCUCGCGGCCAUUGCUCUACCAGCCCCCUCACUCUCCCGCGUCAACCUUCGAGGUGACAACCGUUUAUCUUCGAGCUUACUAUGCACCAGACGAGUACAAGUCUAGCCGUGACUGGGAGGCCCGAACUCACCUGGAGCGUUCGGCAGCGAUCAAAUGUCCUACAGUGCUCAACCAGCUGUCUGGCUGCAAGAAAGUCCAGCAGGUCCUAGCAGAGCCGACAGGACCGGACCAUCUCUCAAGUUUCUUGAAUGGUACUGAGGCUGCAGUUGUCAAAAGAAUCCGGGACACAUUUGCUCCGCAAUAUGACCUGUCCAUUGGCAGUCGAGGCCGCGAUCUAGCCCUCAACCCUGAGACAGCCCUGAACCAUGUGCUGAAACCACAACGUGAAGGAGGUGGCAAUAACAUCUACAAAUCCGAUAUCCCCGACUUUUUGCGGUCCAUGCCAGAAUCCGAUUGGAGAGGCUGGGUCCUUAUGGAACUUAUCAAUCCUGUAGCUAAUGCUCAGAAUGUCGCCUUGCGAAAUGACGGCGAGGUCCUUCGAGGUAAUGUCAUCUCGGAGCUCGGUGUCUAUGGCACUAUCCUCUGGGAGAAUACUGGGAAGAUCUUGCACAAUGAGCAAGGUGGAUAUCUCUUGAGAACCAAAGGAAAGGAGGUGAAUGAAGGCGGCGUAGCCGCAGGAUUUUCUAGCUUGGACAGUGCUCUCUUGUUCUAA